CGGGGGAGGAGGGAGAGAUCGGAGGCGCCCCUCCCAGUCAGCAAGGUUGCGCAUGCCCCUUGCAACCGCCAAGAUGGUGGUGGGCGCCUUCCCUAUGGCGAAGCUGCUAUACCUGGGCAUCCGGCAGGUCAGCAAGCCGCUUGCCAACCGCAUUAAGGAAGCCGCCCGCCGAAGCGAGUUCUUCAAGACCUAUAUCUGCCUCCCGCCAGCUCAGCUGUACCACUGGGUGGAGAUGCGGACCAAGAUGCGCAUCAUGGGCUUCCGGGGCACGGUCAUCAAGCCGCUGAACGAGGAGGCGGCCGCCGAGCUGGGCGCCGAGCUGCUGGGCGAGGCCACCGUCUUCAUCGUGGGCGGCGGCUGCCUGGUGCUGGAGUACUGGCGCCACCAGGCGCACCAGCGUCACAAGGAAGAGGAGCAGAGCGCCGCCUGGGACGCGAUGCGGGACGAGGUGGGCCGCGUGGCGCUGGCGCUGGAGGCCCUGCAGGCGCAGGUGCAGGCGGCGCCGCCGCCGGGCGCCCUGGAGGAGCUGCAGGCGCAGAUGCAAGAGGUGCGCGCCCAGCUCUGCGCCGCAGGCCCGCCGCCCGCGCCCCAGGCAGCAUCCACGUCCCAGAAAGUGUCCUCAUCCGAGGAAAAGGAGCCUGCCGAAGCCUGCACUUAGACGUGGCCCUGUGUGUCCUGAUGUGGCCUUCUGCCUGCGUUACCCCUACCUGUGCUGGCCCAGUGGAAACCACCGGGAUGUGGAUGGAACUUGGAUUAGGUCACCCCAUACCGACCCGUGGUACCUUCCCCUGCGACCAGCCCCCAGCAGGUGAAGCGUUCCAACACAGCCCCCUCCAACCUCUGGCUCAUUUGGUACAGUCCGCAGUGCUGUCUCUCCAGCUCACUCCAAACCACAAAGACCUAUGGGGUCCCAGCCAGCAGGACAACGUGCUCACUCCUCCGGCAGAAGAAAAAAUGGAACCGGACUUGAGCCAGAUCGAUCUAUCAGCCCUCCAUCUACUUGAUCAGUGUUAACUUUUCCCCGGGACUCUUACAUCGGAAUACCUCCUUCCCUUUGUCAGUUGGUACAGGCUGUCGUAAGGAAGCGCAGUGUCUUUCAGUGAGCGUCUGCCUCUCCCACCUUCUAAGGUGGGCUUUCUCUGGGCAUCACUCCUCUUAUGAGGGGAAAAAAAAGGGAUCUUGGCUUGCAGUUGAUCCAUCGAAUAUUACACCUUUCACCUUAACCUGAUCCGUGGUACCUUCCCCUGAGACACUCAAACGGAAUAUUCCAACAGAACCCCCCCUCAUCCUUCAGUCUGCGGCACAACCCACUGGAAUGGCUAUGCAGGGUCUCCUGGUAAUGCCCUACCAACCCUGCUUCUGGUGGAAAAUUUGAUCCUGUCUGUGGCUAGUCAGACCUGUCUUUCAGCCUCAGCCCCCUGUCAACCUGUCCUCAGAGUCCCUGGGCCUUUCCUGACGUGUCCUUUCCUACCUUCCCCACUGUUUCUUCAGUGGCCUCUCUCAGGGGACUGCCGGCCAUGAUCACAGCCCCCAUGUUCCGUCCGAUCUCUAGAUCUCUGUGCUGUUGCCUUCCUUCCCUGCAGCUCUGGACUGGUCCAGCUGUCCCCCCCCUGCCUCCAUAACCCCCUCUAUCCCACCGGGCUAGGCCACCAGUUGGUCUUACCUUUGUUAUUUAGUUUCCAGGGCUGCCAUAACAAGUGACCACAAACUCGAUGGCUUAAAACAACAGGAGUUUAUUCUUUCACAGUUCUGGAGGCCAGAGAUCUGAAAUCAAGGUGUUCGCAGGGUCACGCUCCCUCCACAGGCUCUAGGGGAGGAUCCUUCCUUACCUCUUCAGCUUCUCUUGGCCUCAGGCAUUCCUUGGCUUGGGGCCCCCUAUCUCCAGUCUCUGCUUCCAUCUUCACCUGGCCUUCUUUUGCUCUCUGUCUCUUGGAAAGACUCCUGUCGUUGGAUUCAGGGCUUACCCUAAAUCUAGGAUGAUUUCACUUUGAAAUCCUUAACUGAAUUACAUCUACAAAGACCCUUUUUCCACAGAAGCUCCCAUAACUUUCCCUGGGUUAGGAUGUGGACACCUCUUUUGGUGGGCCGCCAUUCAACCCACUACACCUCCCCACCCCAGGAGUACGCUGGGACUCCUGCCAACCCCGUGGGGGAUUCAGGGAACCACAAGGGUGAGAGGAACAGUCCAGGAACCACCAUUCAUUACCUGGAGUCUCUUCCAGGACUCACCUCUGAAGCGGGAGGGGUCUGGGCCCCACCAGUCUGCAUCCUGUCUUUCAGACUGUAGGUGUUUUCCAAUUAAAAGAGCCCUGGAGAGAGGAAGUCAUCUGAAGGGUGUGUCAGAGAAUCAUGAUCUGAUCUCCAAAAUGAGUACAAGCCUCAUUAAAAUUAGGAGAGAAGCUGGGAGAGUUCUGAUGGGGGUGAGUGGUAGAGCAUCGUCCAAGAUGGGGAAACUGAGGCCCAGCGGAAGCAAAGGGACUUGCCUGAGGCCAGCAAGCCAGUGAGGUGAUGAAGCAGUAAGAGCAGAGGCAGGGAGGGAGAUGGAGAAGGGAUGCAGGGUGCUUGAGGGUACUGGUACAGGGCAAGGAGGAAGAUGAGAGGGAGGUGGAUUGCUGGGAGAGGGGCAGAGAUCUCUACACAGAGGCCAAAGGCACCCGAGGGGCAGCAUUGAGAGUGUCAGAACAGCCCCAGAUUACACCCAAGAUCUUAGCAUUUAAUGAAUGAGGUUAGAUCCAUUCCACCUGGGCCCGUUUCCCAGCAGCUCUAGGUGAAGUGGGAAGGGCCAGCUUUCUCUCCCUCCCUCCCUCCCUCACCUCACUGCCCCAGCGGAGUGAAAAUACUCUGGACACAAGACCUCCCCAGAGAGAAAACCAAGAAACCAGGGUUCUGAAACAGCAUCUUAAUUCCUUCUAGAAGAGCCCCCUCUGAUGUAGAGGGAGCUGAGAGAGGUGGACCCCAGGUAGGGGUACCUUUAAAAUUGGAAGUGACUUGAGUGGGUUAAAUGACGAGGGGAAGAAGGCAAGAGACAGAGCUACCACUGGAUGAUGGGGUGAUUGAUGGAGCCAGGUGAGCAGGCUUAGUGCCUGUUGCCAUGGUUACCCCAGGGCAGUCCACUCUGGCACUGACACAUCCCUGGAGCACGGGUUGCCACAGGCCAGGGACUGUUUUACUGCCCUCCCCACAUCAUGUCAAUGUCAGUGACCCAUCUUGUCAAUAAGGUGUGGUCAUCAUCAAAAUAGGUGGAGUUUAUUGAGCUCUGGUUAGGUGCGGGGCACCGUUCUAAGUGCUUUACAUAGUCCCCAUAACAUUUUCUUUGUUGCCUUGAUGAGGAAACCGAGGCGCAGUGAGGGAAAAUCACCUGCCCAAGGUCACACAGGCAGGGAAGAAGCAGAGGUGGUGUGUGAAGACGGGCAGUCUGAGUCAGAACCCGUAACCCCUGCGCCAUCCUGACCCUGACGUAGUGCUGCACUCACAUCUCCGAGACUCAAAACUCAGCCCUGACGUGUACUUACGUGUGGCGAUACCUCGUGGGAUGCAUCCGCUUCACCCACUGGGUGGGGGUGGGAUCAGCAUGUGUGGAAGUGGAAAGAGUCCCCUCUCAAAAUGCACAAGGCCAGAGGAUGCUUCAUCGCUCUGGUUUCCUGCUAGCUAAAAUUUUGUAUACAUUUGUGACUUGGGGAGAGGGGUUAGAAUAAAUUUGUAAUCCAAAUUGGUUGUCUUCAAGUUGAUGCAUUUUUUCCCCAUAUUUAAAAAAAAGCCCCGUUAACCUGAGAAAAAAUAUCCUUCAUUUAUUCUUUCAUUCAGGAAACUGUCACCGAUGGGACUUCCCUGGUGGUGCGGUGGUUAGGACUCCACGCUCCCAAUGCAGGGGGCCCGGGUUUGAUCCCUGGUUGGGGAACUAGAUCCCCCAUGCAUGCCACAGCUAUAGAGCUGACGGGCCUCAACUAAGGAGCCCACCUGCUGCAACUAAGACCCGGCGCAACCGAAUAAAUAAAUAUUAAAAAAAAAAAAAAACUGUCUGAGGUGCCCACCAUGUUCCUCACCAUGUUCUGUGCAGUGCUGGGGUCCCAGCCGUGACCGAGACAGCCCCAACCCUGCCCUCAUGGGGGCUCACAGUCCAGUGGGGGGACGAAUGCACAUACAGACAUUUCUUUUCCAAUGUUACCUGCCCUGUGGUUAUUUGGGAAGAAGGGACCAGGCUGAAUCCCAACUCCUCCCCUCCUGAGGGACUCAGUGCUUUAGGGCAUUAAAAAACAGAAACGCUUAUUUAAACACUGGCUCUGAAAAGCCUCAUAGGAUGUCCCAAGGGCUCUGCUUCUCCUGUCCCUUGUCAGGCCCCAUUGUCCCCUGUACUGGUUUCCCUGUUGGGAAGGCCCUUGCCUGGGGAGAGCCACCCCAGGAGAAGAUGGAUUCUGUAAAGCCCCGUCUGAUCCAUUGGCCCAUAUGGUCAUCUCUGAGCUGGCCACUGGUGCUGUGACUGCAGGCCGGGGUCCCCCAGCCCCAGCACACAGAGGGAGAGGAGAAGCAUGUCCAGAGGAGAAUCCACCCGCUCGCUAGACAAACGUUGACUGAGCACCUGCUGUGUGCCUGGCCCCAUUCUAGUAGCUGGGAGUCAGCCAGGAGCGAGGCAAGGUCACCGCCACCACGAGCCAACAUCUAGUGUAGGGAAGCAGACAAUAAAGAAAAAUGAUCCAGUGUCGGGGUGAUGAGGGCUGAGAAGAAAGAGUUCGGGAGUAAUAGGGAUGGCUGAUUUCGAUCAGGUGCUCAGGGAGGAGGUGACAUGAGAGGAGCUGCCAGAGAGUGUUGUUAGUAUCUACAGAGGCCCUGAGGCAGGUGUGGGGAUCAGCCUUUCCCUGGAACAGCGGGAGGAUCUGCUAUCAGCAUUGAGCCCGGGCUAGCGAACCAAGGGCCUGGCGCUGCCUGUCUUUGGGAACAAAGAUUUAUUGGGACAUAGCCACACCCGUGUGUUUAUGUAUAUUUUUUAUGGUUGCUUUUGCACGGCAAUGACAGAUUUGAGUCAUUUGCGAUAAAUACCACGUGGCCUUCAAAGAUGCAAAUAUUUACUGUCAAGGCCUUUCCGUAAAGAGUUUACAGGCCGGAGAACAGAAUAAGCAAGGGGAGGAGGAUGGGCGAGGGACUCAGGAGCACAAAGGCUGGCCCCCUUUUGCCUCAGUUGGCACAGCUCUGGAGGGUCUUACCAGCUCCGAUACCCCAUCGGGUGUCCUCUUGGGCCUCCCUGUCCGCUCCCGCUUCCGUCACUCCCCACCCACAGGAGCUACUCCCUGGAGACGCCGCGAUAACCCCGCUGUUCAAAGAUCUCAGAGUCUCCCCCUCAGUCUACGGCAGCAAGGCACAAUGAGACGCAUGGUUAAUAUAGUCCACCAUGUUCAUAUUUAUAUAAUAAUUCGCAAUUCACCCUAUAUACGUAGGAUAAGCGCUGUGUAAUUCAUGCAUUAGGUGACAUAAUGGAAUAUGAUGCCACAUAGAAUGGAAUAUAAAAAUCUUUUUUGUGUAAUAUGUCACAUGACGUUAUAUAUUCCAUGUUGUGUGUGUUGUGUGUGUAUAUAUUUACCAUUGGAAGGAAAAUUUCGCUAAAAACUGCCUUUAAUAUGUGCAGUGCAGUUUGGUAUUUCCUGUUGUAUUGCAUUUCAUGAAGAAAAACUACAGCUGUAUAUAGAUAUGAUCAUAUACACCUAAUAUGUAUCCUAACCAUAUAAAAUCUAUUGUAUUAUAUAACACAGGAUAAUAUAUAUCAUAUAUCAUAUAUUACAUAUCUUGUUAGAACAAAAGUUUCGCUAAACAAUAAUCGCCCUUACCGUGUGCAACGCACUCUGUUACUUUCUAUUCACUUUUAUUCUCUUUCAUAAAGAAAAGCAUACACACAUGUAUGGAUUAUACAAACCUACGUAAAGCGGGCUGCCUUGGGCUACGGCGAAGACUUUGGCGUUUCCUGUGGGGUAAGCAGGAGCCACGGGAGGUGCUCUGAGCAGAAGAGGGAUGUGAACUGGCUUAGUUUUAACAGGAUCCCCAGACGCACUAUUGUGGGCAAAGGUGGAAGCCGCCAGCCCAGCGAAGAGGCAGCUCUGAUUGUCCAAGCGGGAGGCGAUGGUGGCUGGACCAGGCGGAGACAGUGGAGGUAGACAGAAGUGGGAUUCUGGGCAUAUUAAUAUAUCAGAGGUGGAGCAGACAGGAUUUACUGAGUGAUGGGAGGUGGGGAGUCAUUGAUGGCUUCAAGGUUUUUGCUCUGUGUAUGGACAAGGGACAUACUGGUGCUGAGAUGGUGAGGCUGCAGCAGAAGCAGUGUGAGGAGACAUGGAUAGCCUUGCCCUUGCCUUGCCCCUGGUCGCCUCAGAUUUGGGAGCCCUCUGGCAGGCUUUGGUUAUUUGUUCUGAAUGGCAGCCAGCGAGGGCUGGAAAGACAGUCCUGGUCUCUCUCCUCGCGCUGUGAAACUGACAUUCUUUAUCUCACAGGUGCCUCCAUCAGGGCAUGCUACUGGAGUCCAUUUGGGACGUCCUGGAGGAAGGAGGCAACUGGAGGUGGUGGGCUCGGGCUUGGGACUCCAGUCUUAGGGCUCCCCUCACCCCUGGAACGGCAGCACCCAGACCAGGCUUCCCAGAGGCGCCUCCACCUAGUAAGGGCUGACAUGGACCUGGGGGCGGGGGUACCGCGGGGUCCGUCACAUCCAAGAUGCCUGCCUCACUCGGAGGCCACAUCCUUGUGCCUUGAUACUUAUUAUAUUUUGAUAGUCUCUUCCUAGAGUUCAGCCAUUCCAGGGAAACCAAAGUCCCCUCCCUGAAAGGAAUCCUGUCUCUGGUUUGGGGGCAAUGUUGGCAGAACCCUUUUGGGAGUGAUCUGGCCAUGCCACCUUUGUGGGCAUGGACGCUGUCCCCCUCUUCCCUCUCGUGAGCGAUCUGCACACGCCUCUCUGGCCAGCAUGAACGUUUCCUCAGGGAGAUGCCAAGUGCUAAAGAACAGCAUAGGUUACAAACAUUUAUAGUUAAUAUAAAAAUGCCCCCUAAAAGCUCUGCGAAGUGUCAGAGGAGCUGUCAACACUUGCAGUUAUCACACUUAAAAAUUCUUCAGCCCAAACAGUGCACAGUAGAAUUUCAUUAUUCUUUUAAUUUGCAUUUACCUUGUUUUACCUGAGCUGCAUUUUCUUGUUUUACCUGAGCUGAGCGUCUUUUCGGCCAUUUAUUGGACGUUUGUUCUGCUUUUGAAAAAUGCCCGUUUUCAUUGUCUGAAAUUAAUGUUCGUUUCUGGUGUGUUUUGUCCUACUGAAAGUUUUUUCAUUUUUAAGUAACUGAAUCUAUGAGUCUUUUUUCUUUCAGGCACUUGUUUUUUCUGUCUUUAUUUGAGAAGGGCUUCUCAACCCCAAGAAUUUGUAUCUCCAACUCUCCCUUCUUCUAAUA